UGCUCGCCGCUUGUUGUCGUUUCCGUCCCCUUCCACUGGGUGGCGCAGCGCACCUGUAAGCGGUCCCCAGUGUACGGACUAGCCGCUGGGCGGAGCCGAAUCCGUUUGGAUCCCAAGUGAGCUUCCCGGGAAGUUUCAAGCGUCCGCCAACGUGCUCCGGGAGGUACCACUCGCUAUCCAGACAGGGGGAGAGAGAGGUGGAGAGCGGCAGUCCCAGAGGUCUCUCACUGGAUGGAGUUCAGAAAUGCGGGGCCCCCAGAGCUCCUGGACCCCGACUUCCAACAGCAGCUGGAGGACUCCCGAGACCAUCUUAAGCGGGAGAUCCAGAGAGAGCUCAAGAUAAAGGAAGGGGCGGAGAACCUGCGCAAGGUAUCCACGGAUAAAAAGCAUCAAAGCCAUGUUGAGAGUCAGCUGCGAGCGUCCAACCGGCACCUCCAAGAGCUCCAUCAGCAGCUGCAGGAACUUAAUGGGAGGAUUGUCAUUAUGGAGAAAGACCGAAAACAAGAUGGCACAGUGUCCCCUGAUCCUUGCAUAUGGGAUAAAAGUUUUGACCCCUGGCAACGAAGGGUGGAAGCCCUGAAGAGGCAGUUGCACAUAGAAAACAAGGUGAAGCAGGGAGCAGAGAACAUUAUCCAGAUGUUUUCCAAUGGGACCUCCAAGGAUCGGAAGCUCCUCUGUACAGCCCAGCAGAUGCUUCAGGACAGCCGGAUAAAGACGGAGUUAUUGCGCAUGCAGAUUGUGAAGCUCACCCAGGCUCCCGGUACAACCUGUGAAUCCCAAGAGGUCUCUGAGUCCCUGUCCCCUCCGGAGCUGCGCAUAGAGGAGCUCAGGCAUCACUUGCAGGUGGAAACGGCAGUAUCGGAAGGAGCCAAAAAUGUGGUUAAACUACUUGGAGGUCGGCGACUGCAAGACCGCAAGGCCCUGGCUGAGGCCCAAGCUCGACUACACGAGUCCUGCCAAAAGAUUGACCUUCUGCGCCUGUCGCUAGAGAGGUGCCUGGCAGAACUUCCCUCUGAUCACCCAAAGCAGCAGCUCAUCAAAGAAGAACUGAAGAACUGUCCAACCACAGUGAGGAGUAAAUAUCCAGGCCCCAGCCACCCCUUAACUUCACUCAUUAAACCCACAGCGCUCACAGGGACUCUGGAAAUUCAUCUGUUGGGCUGCCAGGAUCUUCUAGAGACCGUACCUGGCCGUUCUCGAACGGCUUCCGUUCAAGGGAGUCCUGGCGAGUCCAAGAACUUUAUUCGCUACCGACCUGGAGGAAGCACCCAUGGAUGGGGGGGAUCAGGCCGACACUUGCGGUCUGAUGAGCACUCUGGAGAUGUCAUGUGUGUCUUGAAGGUCGAUAAUAAGCAGGUGGCCCACACCAGCUGGGGGCCUGUUCAUAAUCAGUGCUGGGACCAGCGAUUCACCAUAGAGUUGGAGAGGUCACGGGAGCUAGAAAUCGCCGUCCACUGGAGGGACUGGCGGGAGCUGUGCGCAGUACGCUUCCUGCGCCUGGAAGACUUCCUAGAUAAUGAGCGCCAUGGAAUGUGUCUGCAGCUGGAACCCCAGGGGAAGCUGUUUGCAGAGGUCAUGUUCUGUAACCCAGUGAUUGAGAGAAGGGGCAAAGUCCAGAGGCAGAAGCGGAUAUUUCCCAAGCAGAAAGGGAAGGACUUCCUUCGGGCCACUCAGAUGAAUAUUAACUUUGCGACAUGGGGGCGGCUAAUGAUGAGUAUUUUACCUCCAUGCGGUGCCAUGACCACGUUGAGCCCUCCUCUUACCAUUCACACUACCACAAACUCUCAGCCGUAUGUAGCAGGUGGCAGCGAUUUCCCUGUCAAAAAAUUAUUCAGUGAAGAACAAUCACCAAAGCCUCCGCCUAAACCUCCACGACUCUACCUGAAUUCAGACGGCAUGACUCCCUCCCCUGUGGAAUCUCCUGGCAGAGCGGCAGGGAAGAGCAUGAAGCGUAUCCACGGGGAAGACGGUGGGGCACAAAGCAACGCUGAGCUCACUAAAGUGCAUAGAAGAACAACUCUACAGGUGGAAGAUUUUACCUUUAUAUCUGUCCUCGGUCGGGGGCAUUUUGGCAAGGUGCUUCUGGCGCAAUUUAAAGAGACUGGGAAAGUCUUUGCGAUUAAAGCCCUGAAGAAGCGAGACAUUGUGAGCAGAGAUGAGCUGGAAAGCCUGCAGUGCGAGAAGAGGAUUUUUGAAGCUGUUAAUUCCUCCAGACACCCUUUCCUGGUGAAUCUGUUUGGUUGCUUCCAGACCCAGGGACACGCGUGCUUUGUGAUGGAAUAUAUGUCCGGAGGGGACCUCAUGAUGCACAUACACAGCAAUGUCUUCUCAGAGCCAACAGCAAGGUUCUAUUCGGCCUGUGUGGUGCUCGGCCUCCAAUUUCUUCACGAGAAGAAAAUAAUAUACAGAGACCUGAAGCUAGAUAACCUCCUGAUGGACUCAAGCGGAUUUGUGAAGAUUGCCGACUUUGGCUUGUGCAAAGAAGGCAUGGGGAAUGGAGACCGUACCAGCACAUUUUGUGGAACCCCUGAAUUCCUGGCUCCGGAGGUCCUGACUGACACGUCGUAUACAUACGCUGUGGACUGGUGGGGGCUUGGUGUUCUCAUCUACGAAAUGCUUGUAGGAGAGUGUCCCUUUCCUGGCGAUGAUGAAGAAGAGGUGUUUGACAGUAUUGUCAAUGAAGAGGUGCAGUAUCCUCGCUUCCUAUCCACCGACGCAAUCAACAUUAUCCGCAAGCUUUUGAGAAAGUCCCCGGAACGCCGUUUAGGGGCUGGUGCUGGUGAUGCUGAGGAGAUAAAGCCACAGCCCUUCUUUCAGGAGAUGGACUGGGAUGCGCUUUAUGCCCAGCAGAUGAAACCCCCCGUUGUUCCUGUAUUAAGUGAACCCUUUGACACCAGGAACUUUGAUGAGGAAUUCACUGGGCAGAAGGCCAUACUCUCCCCUUCUGAUGACCCUCGUCCUCUGACUUCUGCCGAUCAGAUUCUCUUUCAGGAUUUUGAUUUUGUCUCUGAACUUCUCUUUGCUCCCUAGCAAGGCCCUUCUCUUUAUUUUGCUUUACAUUCUAAAACUACUUUGACUGCUUAAAUCUUCAGUGAAUGUAUAUCUCUGCACUUUGUUACUUCUUAAGUUAUCUUAAAGGUCACCCCCAUACCUCCCAGUUCUCUGUUCCUAUUAAUGUGAUUAAUUGAGACACUGACACUCCAUCCCAUUCUACCUACUCCAGGCUACUGGCCUGAAAUUUAGGAAGACAUGAUGUCAUUUAGGAGUGUGUGAUGUCAUCCUCUGCUGGCUGCUUUGUCCUGAAAACCUCUGCAAAUUCUAACGAGGGAAAGCAGCCUGAAGCGUGUGAAGUAAAGGGUUUAAUGUGAGUACAGAGUCUGCCUGUUUGGAUGCUGUAAGUACAGGAGGAAUCCCCCCUAUCAGGAGCUGUAGCAUUUUCUCCACUCCAUACAGGUUUCCUUGUAUCUUUCCCUUUAAUAACGGCAUUCCUCAGGUUUCCGUUAUGGCAUAAACAGGUACUGCUAUUUGUUUGUGCCUGAAUAUGAAGUAAAGCAGUUACUGUAGCAUCGAGCAGGACGUGGGAGAUGUAGGAGGUUAUUAGUCAUAAAUGAAUAUAUGAAGAAGUAGACUCCAUUUCUAGCCAGAUGUAAUGUAAUAUAUAUAUAUAUAUUUGUUAGACUUCGUUUCUGUUUUUACAGAUUGAUAUGUUCGUUUAUUUAUCAAUGUUUGUACGGGAACUAGAGGUGCAAAAUAUAAGGAACUUGUCCAGUGAAA